UUUUAAAAUCUCUACGAAAGAGGGCAAUCACUCCCUCACGGAAGAGGGUAAUCACUAGAGGAGGGGUUAUUAUUUGAGGGAGAAAACUAAUACAUUUUAGAGAGGAAACUAAUAGAGAGGAAACUAAUACAAAAAUGAGAAAAAAUUUUUUUUGGACUAAUACAGGUUUUAUUAAAAUCCGAUCUUUAUUAAAUUGAGAAACACUAAUUUAAUGAAUUAAAUAAAAACAUAAGCUUUUUCUCAUUAAAGAAAGCCUUGAUUUUGACAUUCUGUACGACAUUAUUUUGGCUCGUCCUAAAUUUGAACUUAAAAAGAUUAUUGAAAUAUAUGAUAGUGAGCCAGAAAAGGAACUGGAUAAGGUAGAGGAAACGGACAAAAAUGGGAGAAAUUUUUUUGGAAAUCCUUUUUGGAAUAAAAAAGAGGAUAAACAGCCAGAAAAUCCAUAUGCAGAUAAACGGGAUACCAAAGAAGAGAAAUUAAAAUUGGGGAAACUUUUGCAAGAUAAAAAGGAGGCUGAUCAAGAUAACAAAGAAUUAUGGGACAUAAUUAUUAAUAGAGUAAAAUAUGUUACUAUAAUGGAUCCGUCUGGUUAUGAAAACUUUGAAAAGAUAUCUAAUGAAAUCAUCUCGUUCUGUGAGAAUUUUGGCAAAAAUAUCGAAAAUAAAAAUUACAACGCAUCAAAUUUUAUAAAAUAUUUUGCUCGUCUUCUAAGCAUUUUUGAAUUCAAAUCAAAAAAAGCCGAAGAAUUCGGCAAAAAAUUUACAAUGAAAUGUAGAGGAAUUAUCAAAAUAAAAAAUCAAAAUAAUGAGAUACUUCCUGAAUACAUCAAAAGAAUGUUGAUUAUAACUGGAUUAGCAGGAAAGGGGCAAUAUAACGAGGAUAUUGCUAACCGCAUUAAUUAUUACAAUGAAAAGCUUGAUUAUGAAGGUUUAUGAAAUUUUUAGAUUUUAAUUUGUUAUUUUGAUAUGAGUAUAAAUUAGGGGUUAUAUGUAUUAGGGAUGUGGUGGAUAUCCAGGAUAUCCUGAAAAUCACCGAAUAUACAGACCCGUCUUUACAUGAGAAAAGG